AUGUUUGGCGGAAGUCUACACGGUUACAAUUUGACAAGCUUUUUUGGGGCGGGAGCGUCGGGAGCUCCCACAUCAUCGCAACCAGCCAGUGCUGCGAAUCCAACUCCGUCUGCACAACCCCCUCUUUGGGGAGCCAAUCCUUCACCUUUUGCUUCGACACCUGCCACCCAAGCGAGCGGAUUUGGUGGCUUUGGAGCGCCCGCUGCACAACCGGCUACUAGUACGCCGGGAUUAUUUGGUGGGGCAUCGGCCGCGCCGGCUUCCGCUCCAUCCUUCUUCUCGGCACCUACCACUCAAUCCACCGGGCUAGGCGCAUUUGGAACUUCCGCUACAACUCAGCCUGCCACGUCCACCUCGACAUUUUUCUCCGCUCCCCCGAGUCAAUCAAGUGGAGUCGCCGGUUUCGGGAUUUCUACGGCUGCCCAACCAGCCGCCCCCAGUUCUUCAACCUUAUUUUCUGUGCCCACUACUCAAUCUGGGGGGCUCGGCGGAUUCGGAACUUCCACACCUGCUCAGAACGCAGUCCCCGCCGCUUCUUCGAAUUUCUUCUCCACACCAACUACCCAAGCCGGUGGGUUAAGCGGGUUUGGAGGCACAACUGUUGCACAGCCCGCGUCUACAGUACCGAGUAUUGGUGCCGGUGCCUCUACGUCAACAGCUUCGUCCUUGUUCUCCAAACCUGCCGCUCAAACUGGUGGUUUAACUGGGUUUGGAUCUACAACACUACAACCAACUGCCAGUACCGCGCCAAGUAGUGCCGCGUCCGCAACAAUACCUGCCUCUACGUUAGGCGCAUCGUCCUUGUUUUCCAAACCUGCGACUCAAACCGGCCUGGGUGGCCUUGGGACCGUUGCUCCACAAAAACCAGCAGGUUUUGGAACACCUAUCCUUGGUUCUGGGGGAGCGACAGCAGCGCCUGGGUCAACUGCUGCGUCAUCAUCUUUAUUUCCAACAUCGACAGCGGCCACCGCGGCACCUCCAGCCUCCGUCACUCCUGCGCCAGCGUUGGGAGCUUCUUUGUGA